AUGGUAUCGUAUGAUAAUCCACUGGCAUCUUUGAAUACGAACGCAUCAGUAUCAGAUAUAUGGUAUUAUGGAACAGGCCUAUUUUCUCUUCUAUGCUUACUGUGUGGAUCGUUAUCAAAUGGUUUAGUUCUCUACGUAUUCAUUAGAAAUUCUAGUCUACGACAACCGAGGAAUUUAUUUCUUAUUAAUCUUGCAGUUACCGACCUUGGAUUACUCCUGACAAGUUGUGACCUCUAUGCAUUCUCCGGUGGUCUUUGCGCUUUCACAUCGAUUGCAACAAUGGCAGCAAUUGCUCUCACUCGACUCGUCGCUGUCAUCCGACCGUUCAGUUCAUUGAAAUUAACUACAAAUGUCACAUUAAAAUGUAUUGCAUGUUGCUGGCUGUAUGGUUUGAUUUUGAUGGUCCCGCCUUUCUUUGGAUGGAGUCGGUUCGUGUUUGAAGGGAUUGGCACGAGUUGUACAUUUGAUUAUGUGUCGAAAGAUGUGUGGAAUCGAUCGUUUAUGUUGAUAUUAAUAGUUGUUGGAUUUUUGCUUCCAUUGACAAUCAUUAUUGUAUCGUAUUCGUUCAUUCUGGUAAAAUUAACGAAUCGUGGUCGUCAUCUCAUAUAUGAAAAUUAUUCAUGUACGGGAUUUCGCAGGAAACCAAAACUAGGCAGAUUGCAUUUUUUUGUUCCAAUUAACUCAGCUCACAAUGAACUUUUUUCCAAUGAAGGAAAAGUCGUUUUCACUUUUAAUGAAAGUAAUCAAGCAAAACGAGACAUACGUCGUACUGAAAUCCGAGUUACUCGCACUGCACUAGUCGUUUGUGGUAUCUAUGUAAUGUCCUGGACUCCUUAUGCCUUCAUGGCUGUUGCAGCUCAAUUUGGUUUGGAUCAUUUGGUGAAUGUCUAUUUAGCAUCAUCAAUUACUUUAUUGACAAAACUAUCAGCCUGUAUAAAUCCUUUCAUAUACGCACUUUCAUCUUCGGUGUUCCGGCGACAUAUGGGUUUUUAUUCGAAUCUUUUCUUUGCGUGUCGAACACGCUCCUACUCAUUGUCUACGUCGACUUUGAGUAUACAUCGGAAAACUGGAACCCCUUCUACAAUCCGAUGA